AUGGCGACCAGCUUUCGGCUGCAGAGCUGCUGGGGCCCGAGCCUCGCGCGGGCGCCUCUAGGCCGCCUCCUCCGCCCCCGCGCCGGCUGCUCGGCGCCGGGCCGGGCCCAGCUCCGCAGCUACGCCGGCGGCCCGGGGGGCCUCUCUGCAGCGCUGCUGCGCACCGAAAGCUUCGUGGGCGGCCGCUGGCUCCCGGCCGCCGCCACCUUCCCCGUGUACGACCCAGCCAGUGGCGCCACGCUGGGCAUGGUGGCCGACUGCGGGGUGCCCGAGGCCCGCGCCGCCGUGCACGCCGCCCACGAGGCUUUCUGCAGCUGGAAGGUGGUCUCGGUCAAGGAGAGGAGCUCACUGCUUCGGAAAUGGUACGACCUAAUGAUGCAGAACAAGGGCGACCUGGCCAAGCUGAUCACAGCGGAAAGCGGGAAGCCGCUGAAGGAGGCAGAGGCAGAAGUCCUGUACUCGGCCCUCUUCCUGGAGUGGUUUUCAGAGGAAGCCCGCCGCAUCUACGGAGACGUCAUCUACCCCAGCGCCAAGGGCAGGCGGGCCCUGGUGCUCAAGCAGCCCCUGGGAGUGGCUGCAGUCAUCACCCCGUGGAAUUUCCCCAGCGCCAUGAUCACCCGGAAGGUGGGGGCCGCCCUGGCAGCUGGCUGCACCGUGGUGGUGAAACCUGCGGAAGACACGCCCUUCUCCGCUCUGGCCCUGGCCCAGCUUGCAAACGAGGCUGGGAUCCCACCCGGCGUGUACAACGUGGUCCCUUGCUCUAGGUCCAAGGCCAAGGAGGUGGGGAAAGCACUCUGUACUGACCCGCUGGUGUCCAAGAUCUCCUUCACAGGGUCCACGGCGACAGGAAAGGUCCUGCUGCACUAUGCCGCAGACUCUGUGAAGAGGGUCUCCAUGGAGCUGGGCGGCCUUGCCCCGUUCAUUGUCUUCGACAGCGCCAACGUGGACCAGGCCGUGGAAGGGGCGCUGGCGUCCAAAUUCAGGAACGCUGGACAGACCUGUGUUUGCUCCAACCGAUUCUUGGUGCAAAGGGGGAUCCACGACUCCUUUGUCAAAAAGUUUGCCGAGGCGAUGAAGAUGAACCUGCGUGUGGGCAAUGGAUUUGAGGAGGGGACCACCCAAGGCCCGCUGAUUAACGAGAAAGCAGUAGAAAAGGUGGAGAAGCACGUGAGCGAUGCGAUUUCCAAAGGGGCCACCGUGGUGAUGGGCGGGAAGCGUCACCAGUUCGGAAAGAACUUCUUCGAGCCCACGCUGCUCAGCAGUGUCACCAGGGACAUGCUGUGCGCUCACGAAGAGACGUUCGGGCCUCUGGCACCAGUUAUCAAGUUCGACACGGAGGAGGAGGCCAUCGCCAUUGCCAACGCCACCGAAGUCGGGCUGGCAGGCUACUUUUACUCUCAGGACCCUGCCCAGAUCUGGAGGGUGGCAGAGCAGCUGGAGGUGGGCAUGGUUGGCGUGAACGAGGGGCUGAUUUCCUCCGUGGAGUGCCCUUUCGGCGGGGUGAAGCAGUCUGGCCUGGGGCGCGAGGGCUCCAAGUACGGCAUUGACGAGUACCUGGAAGUCAAGUACGUGUGCUACGGAGGCCUGUAGCUCCUCGCUUGUUGGAGAUCAGUAAAGGAGGCUGACCCACACUCGGGACCUGCCCUCCAUUCAUUAAGUGGCUCGGCCAUUAGAGUCAUGACUUCUCACGCGCAGCCAGUCUUCGUGAUCUUUAAUCAGAGGCAACCCCCACCCUGCCAUCUCCUAACGAGGGACCAACACAAGCCGCCCACCUGUGGCUGCAGACCCCAGAGAGCCAGGCCGGGGUCUGCAGAACAAGCCAGAGGACUCCACGUGACCCCUCCACCUGAGGGCAAGGCGCAGUGCCCAACAGAUCCGCCCUUCGGGGACACAUAGCCAACCCCCGCCUGGCAGGGGGCAGUGCUGGCUAUCAGCGUGAGCCCAGAGCGCUUGCAAGGAGCCCCCGGAGUACGAUCAGCAGUGGGUUGGGUCCAGUAUCCCCUUCCCCAGCCAGCUGAGCACUGGAGGUACUGUGUGUCCAGAGGGGCUGCGGCCGAGGCUGGUGGGUCACCGUUGAGAGCGUUCGACUGCAGCGUGAUCGCCUGUUCCACCGUGUGGCGCAGGAGCGCGUCUGUCCCAGGUCUGUGUGUAGACGGGAGCCUUCCUUGCCCCUGGUCCUGCCUCAGCUUCACGUUGCUCCCCAAGCCCACUCUGAGAGCAGGAUCGGCGGAGGCGGCUCAUGCAGAGGAGCCUGGCCGUCCCCUCCUGCUCCUGCCCAGGAGCACACCUGAGUCCAGGUCGGCGUCACGCAGGUCACCUGGGCCUGAGCGGAAGUGACUUGCAAGACAGGGAAUGUGCAGGGUAAGCGCCGGAGCCACCUGUGAGCAGCAGCACUGCCCUGCCCUGGGCCCAGAGAGGCGCACCCACCCACCCAAGCCCAGCCCGUCUGUCCUGGUGCCGUGCACUCUUGCACUUUCAAUGGGAAAAAGCACCUUCACCACCGUAAUCUCGAAGGAACAGAAGGUGCCAAUCCACGGUGUGGAGGAGGUGCAAGGCCUAGGAUUUCAGGCACCUUUUACCUAGUAACCCCACUUGCAAUUCAGCAUACGAACUACCCCUCCAAUUCCCUGUGACUGGUGUUGGUGCUCACUCUGAAGGGAACACUGGCCAUUCCAGCUCCUUCCUCUCCUUCUCUUUAUGCGUAGGGGCCCCUCAGUUCACUGGGUAGUAGCAGGGAGACAUGAAUGAAAACAGUGCUGGAUGCAGCUGCUCCUGAGCUCCACCCAGCACCCUUCACUAAGCACAGGCAGCUGCAGCUGAGUAACCAAGUGCAGAAAGUCACUCGCACACAGGAUGCUUCCAGUCCUGCAGCUGCUGCACACCUGGCUAGGGUCGUCCUUGCCAUGUGCCCAACCCCAAAGGAGAAUCAGAACUCUGCCUUCUAGUGACACUGCCCAGGCCUGUCAAGAGGCACGCCCAGCACGUUGACAGCUGAUUUCUGCUCCUCGCUGUACAGUGUUUGGUGGUUUCAUAGAACGCCCUCAUUGCUUAAGAUUCCUGUGCGUCCAUCCUUUUUCUAUUAAGAAAGCAAAUGCCCUGGUGUUGUUUUUAGAAGUAGAAUACCAAUGCUGAAAUGUCCAGAGGAGAACCUUAAAACACACUUUCAACCCUGUAAGCAGAGAGAAAUUCUGAGUUUUCUUGCAUAUUUGGCCUGCUGGAUACAUAAAUCGAGGCCAGAGACUCACUGUAAUCUCCAUGAUCAAUUCUGUAGUUAAAUAGUUUGGGGUGGGGCUGGGGUUGUGGCUCAGAGGUAGAGCCCUGGGCUAGCAUGUGUCAGGCACUGGGUUUGA